AUGAUACCCGACGGUGCUUGUCUCCGACCACAAUGGGGGAACCGCCAGAGGGAGAUUCCUGAACUUAUUGAAGUCUCUCCCUUUUCAGAAUCGUGCUUACAAGGCAUAGAUGGAAUAUAUCCAGACUCACAGUCCUCAAUUCUUUUCAAGAUAUAUAGAGUACUGGGAAAAGUGGGGGUCGAGAGGUCUCAGACAGGAUCCUACCUCUACGUUGCUGGAGUCGAUGCAUCGUCUUCUGCGUCGUUAGCUGCCUAUAUCAACUCGUUAACAUACGCUAUCGAAGACACUUCUGCUUGGUUCUCGACGACGGCGACAUGGAAAGUGCGAAGCGGGACAUACUGUUGUUUCAAUGCAUUCUCCAGAGUCGACAUGCGAGUCGACGUUAAGAUCCCUGGAGGUGUGCAUGCGCACGAAGCGACAGCGGAAAUUUGGCAAGAGACAUACGUAUCAGCAUUGCUCAGGGCCAUUCUGUACUCGGACGACCCCACCUACGCGCUUGAAGCUUAUCGGAAAUUGGAUCCCAUUACAACAGCAGAAGGCGAACUUCGAUUCCUCCAGGCAGCAGAGGCUCUGUUCUCCAAGGGCUGGCAAGUGGGCUCUGAUCCUGAAAUCCAGGUCGCAACCGUCGUUUCGAAUCAUCUCACCGCGGGGAUCAUGAAGUACUUUGGAGACAGUGGUCGUUAUCAACAAGCAGCAAAUCUCUUCGAAAAGCUUGUUAUUCGGGAACCUGAAGUCUCUUCGUUACUGGCAAGAAGCUACAUCGGAAUGAACGAGGAAGUCAAAGCUGUGCAAAUCAUCGCGUCGGCUAUGCGAGAAACGCCCCAAUCUUAUACCCUUCUCCACGUCCAAUGCGACUUCCUGCGUUCGAAAGGCAAGUUCGAAUGGGCCCUCAAACUUGCACGGCAGGCCGUCAACUGUGCUCCCAGCGAGUUCGUCACCUGGGAAAAGCUUACCGAUAUCUAUUUGGAGCUCGGCCAGUACGAGUCGCACCAGGUCUCCGCGGAACCUGGGCGAGGGCGUAUGCUCUACUCGUCCCGGCUAGUCUCCCAAAUCGGAUGGGAUGAGCUCCUCAAGACACGGAGCAGUGUUUUCGUUAUGGAGGAAGAAUACCGUAUGCAAAAAGCGCAAGCCGAAGUUAAAGCCACAACCAACGGGGUCGACAACGGUGGUGAUUCGCCUGCGAACGGUGAUGCUGGACGCGCGGUGAUUCACGAAGACGGAACUGUCAGACCUUCGAUGGACGAUAAAGCCUCGACGCGUGCGAUCCCGCCUAGCCCCAAACAUCAGGAAUCGAUACCGACGAUCAAGAUCUCUGCGGACGGGGAUCAGGAGGAGGAAGGCGAGGAGGCGGACAUUGUCCCCACGCCUGUUGCACCCAAACCAGGAGUGCAAAAACCACAACAAGCGGCGGCUGAUGAGAGUCAGGAUGGUUCGAGCGAGGCGAGCAGCAGUGCAAACAGCCCUGGAACUGGCGAAGCUUUCUCGUUUAGCAAUAAGCGACUCUGUGAGCGGUGGUUGGAUAAUCUGUUCAUGGUCCUCUACGAGGACCUCCGGGUGUGGACGAUCUUCCGAGCUGAGGUGGCACACUUCAAGACCCAGCACGUCGCGUACCGCAAGACAGGAAUGGAGUGGGAGAUCUUGGGCGACCUAGGGCUGCGGUUGCACCAUAAGGAGGAAGCCAAGGAAGCGUACCAGCGGUGUCUCGAUGCGCCUCGCUACUCGAUGAAGCCGUGGCUCAAGCUAAUGGAAGUGUACGCGGAGGAGGGUGACAUCCAGCGGACGAUCCAAACCGCAAUUCGGGUCGCUGCAUAUCAAUACGCCGACUACACUGAGAUGACGUAUCCCACCUCUAUCUCUCGCGCGUUCUUCAAGUUGGGACAGAUCCAUGGGUUCGCCAAGAUUUCGUUUACACUUCUUAGCAUGGGGCUGCCGGAUCAGAUUCUCAAGAUCAUGGAGAGCUACCUGCAGUAUGGGAAGGUGUUCAAGGUGGAAGGUAUUUGGGUUGCGGCAAUCACGGACUCCUCUUCGCAGCUGCUCCGUGAAAUCGGCGGGUGCGGCAGUCUCGAGGUCCUGUGGUACUACAAGUCAACUACUCUUCGCAGGUCCCCCAGAUUGUCAGCGCCGGCGAUGUUGGACGACUUCGAAAAGGACACGAUCGAGAGGAUCAGAAAUGAUGACGAGACGAAGAAUAAGGUCGAAUCCAUGUCGGACGAGGAAAUAAAGACCAAACUCAUCGACCCCAGUCUGAAAGCGGUGAAGAAGGAGAGAGAGGAGUUCGACAAGAGGGUUGCUGCUACGGAAGAAGCCUCUCAGAAGCUGCAGAAUGCCCUUAUAAAGGCUAUUGCCAAUAAAAACGUGAAGGAGUCGGUGACCUUUUCAGGUGCAAAGAAUGAACACCUGCAAGAGUUGGAGGUCUUCCCCAAGUCGGUUGGCGCCUUGACCGACAAGCACAUCGCCCGAAUUGCCGCCCUCAUCACCGAGCCCAAGGACGAAAGCCCCGAGACCGUAGUAGGCCUUCCAGCAGAGGACGAUCGCCCCACUGUAUCCACAGAGGCCUCCGAGAGCUCAAAGGCAGACACCAUUGGUCAGCGGGUGAAGUCGGAAGAAGCCAAGACAUUUAUCAAGUCCUUUGACCCAUUCUGGAAGCGUGAGGGACAUGUCUUGUGUGCCAACACUGAGUGGAUCCACGGUAAUACUGGAACAAAGUCUGAGGCCCGGGCCCGCGCAUUCAUCGACCACUUGGCGGUACCAGCGGCAAGGUUCUGUCAGAAAGAGCUCUCCAAUGACGCGUUCGUUCUGUUUGAACCGAAUAUUGCGGACGGCGACCUGCAGGGUAAGAGAGGAGGACCGGUCGAGUUCCCCACUCGCACUGGCAGCGGAAAGACGCUGUCGUUCACCGGCCGCGUUGACUAUGUCCUAUCUGCCGGUGAAUUACAAGUAGGGCCAGCCAAGUUGACCGACGCUCGGAAUUUGGCCGAGUUCUGGGACAGAACCCAGGCCAAUGCCCGGCGCGGCCGUAACCUCCUUGGACUGUUGGCGAAAGAAGCAAAGAAACUGAUGUCAAGCAAAGAGCUUCUUACCCAUCUCCCUCAAGUGAUUCUAGAAACGAUGGCGACUAGUCGUGUCACCAAGUAA